AUGGCCGACCCAAUACCCUCCAGUUCGACCCCUGCUCGGAAACGACGCCCCCCCAAGCUCGAGCAACGAGCUAUGCCAUCCGGUAUAUCAAAACCACUAGACCCUCCCUCAGAACCCGCAGAUCAGCCAGUCGAGUCCGUGGAAGUGCCGGAACCAGCCCCAAGUCCGCCCGAGACCCUAUAUUCAUCUCCCAACACCGAAGAAAUGCAAGUCUACCAAGAGACUCGAUCCACGUCUUGGAGCGAAGGCGAGAUGCAGCCACCUCCACAACCCCAGCCCCAACUCCAACCCCAACCCCAACCCCAGCCAGAGCAACAUCAACGCCAGCGCCCCAAUCCCCCAGUUCGAGAACGCACCCCAGCGCCAUCAUCCUCAUCGCGCUCCUCCAACGCAGCCGCAUCAUAUCGACAACUCCGCCGUCGCAGUCAACGAAACCGACCCCAGGAACGACCCCAAACCAUGACCCUUCCCGCCGUGGGAAACAUAGGCGACGUCCCGUCAAACCUGACCCAAGGCGUAGGAGAACUAGCCGAGAACACGGCCGGCCGGGCCGUCAGCACUCUCGGCAACACGGCCGGCAAAGCGCUCGGACGAAGCAUCGUCGGCCAGAGACAGGGAAACGAUACGCAACUGCAGCGGCAGGAACAAGAGGUCGGGGGCAAGAAGAAGGAUGAACAGUUGCGGUUACGGCUGGAUUUGAAUCUGGAUGUGGAGGUACAACUUAAGGCGAAGAUUCAUGGUGAUCUUACGCUGCAGCUCUUGGUGGGUUAA